AGCAAGGCGAGGUGUAGCUCCACGCCGCCUCAACCUGUAGAAACAAGAAGAGAUCCUCCAUGGAAUUAAGCAUGGAGCGGCCGCACCCCAGCCCUAGCGGCAAAGGCACGGCCCUACUGCAGCAGGUGGCGAGCGAGGCGAAGAAACAGGUCCGGCUUGCGGUGCCUCUCAUCGUGGGAUGCCUCCUGCAGAACGUAAUCCAGAUGAUCUCCGUGAUGUUCGUGGGGCACCUCGGCGAGCUCGCGCUGGCCAGCGCCUCCAUGGCCACCUCAUUCGCCAUUGUCACCGGCUUCAGCUUUCUGACUGGAAUGUCGUGCAGCCUGGAGACGCUGUGCGGGCAAGCCUUCGGGGCAAGCCAGGACCGCAUGCUCGGGGUGUACACGCAGCGGGCAAUGGUGGUGCUUGGCCUGGCGAGCGUCCCGAUCGCCGUGGUGUGGGCGAACACGGGCUGGAUCCUGCUCCGGCUGGGGCAGGACCCGGAGAUCGCGGCGGGCGCCGGGCUGUACAUCCGGUGGAUGCUCCCGUCGCUGCUCUUCUAUGGGUGGCUGCAGUGCCACGUCCGGUUCCUGCAGACGCAGAAGAUCGUGGUGCCGAUGAUGGUCAGCUCCGGCGUCACCGCGGCCAUCCACGUGCUGGUGUGCUGGGCGCUGGUGUACAAGCUGGGCAUGGGGAUCAAGGGAGCGGCGGUGGCUAAUGCCAUCUCCUUCCUCGUCAACGUAUCCAUACUCGCCCUCUACGUCAGGCUCUCCACGUCCUGCAAGACCACCUGGACGGGGUUCUCCUGCGAGGCGUUCCACGACAUCCCAGCCUUCUUGAAGCUCGCUGUCCCAUCUGCGAUGAUGGUCUGCAUGGAGUGGUGGUCGUUCGAGGUCAUGGUGCUACUUGGUGGCCUUCUACCUAAUCCCAAACUCUCCACGGCCGUGCUCUCCAUCUGCUUGAACACCAAUUCCAUAGUGUGUACGGUCCCGAACGGACUCUCUUCCUCCAUAAGCACGCGCGUGUCCAACGAGCUCGGAGCGGGGCGACCUCGCGCAGCCCUUCUGGCUGCCCGUGUUGUCAUGCUGUUGGCAUUUCUGGUAGGAACUUCGGAAGGCAUUCUCUUGAUCCUAGUGCGAAACCUGUUGGGUCUUGCCUACAGCAAAGACCAGGAGGUUGUUGCCUAUGUUGCCAAGAUGAUGUUCAUCUUGGCACCCUCGGUCCUGUUUGACGGCCUCCAGUACGUUCUGUCAGGCCGACAUUUUGUUGUCUCAGAGAUCCUACAUGUGACACAUAUUGGUAGGGAUUUACAGGCAUUGUUAGGGGCUGCGGACGACAAAAGAUUGGUGCUCUCGUCAACUUCGUUGCAUACUAUCUCCUUGGUAUUCCUGCAGCGCUUGUUUUCACCUUCGUCUGUCAUCUGGGCGUACUGGGGCUUUGGUUGGGAAUACUCAUCGGAAUGGUCGCACAGAUGUUGUUGCUUCUCGUCAUUUCCUUUGGCACCAACAAUUGGGAAAAACAAGCAAUCGAUGCAAAGGACAGAAUUUUCACUUCAUCGCCAACAAAGCCAUGAUCAAAGACAUCACAUAACAUCCGCAAGACUUCACGUGUGUUAUAUUUUGUGAUCCAAAUUCAUAAGAAGGCUAACUUCUGACGAACGGAACGAGACCUGUCGAAGAUAGGCUUGGGCCAAAGCGGAGCGGGGUCCAAAGUUAGCCCACAACGUGUUCCAAUCUAGGGUUUAACUCCUCCUUGAGACACAUUCAUUCUUGUAGCAUGAAUUUCAAUAAUCUCCCGAACAACAAACAAAACACAUGUUGGCGUCAACAACCACUUGGGAUAAGAAGUUAUACCAACCAAAUUCGAGCAAAGCUCAA